AUGGGCUGUUGUCACAGUCGAAAACGCACCCCCAAUGGGGAAGACCCCUCGGUGGCCCCCAAAUCCAAGAAGGCCGUAUCCGCCAAACACCGAAAGGUGAAGCCCACGCCCUCCAGCCACGAGCAGACCGCCGCCAUGGAGGCCGAGGAACAGGAAAAACGACUGGCGCAACGCGACCAUCUGGAAGCCCAACGCCGGGAGCAGGAACUUCAACGGCUCCAUGGGCAGGAGAACUCGAUCCCCUAUCACCCAAGCCCCACCACGGCGGAGGACCCCCCGGAAGACGCGGAAAAGCCCAAGAUGGAGCUUUCAGGGUUGUUACAGCCUGUGGCACAGCCCACGGACAAAAUUGACACUCCCCCUACUGAAGUUGUACCGAGUAAGUCUAGUCCUUCACCCAUGGAGGAGGAUAACAGUUUGUAUAGUGAGGCAGAGGGGGAAGGCAGAACAGGUCUAAAGGAUGUGGCGCUACCCCUUGCUGAGCCGUCAAGUGCAGGGGCGACUCCUCCCAAAGAUAGUAGUACGGAGAUUCAAAUGAAUUCGGACACCCCUUUUUCACCUCCUACCGGGCCGCUUAACGAGCUAGAAAAUGAAGAUUGUAAUAGUCCCAUCAAUGGUAAUGAAACGGACAUUGAACAUGCCAAUUCAGGUGGGAAUGAGACAGAGGUGGUAGCGGAACACAAACCCAUUGAUUUUGUAAAAGGAGUCGACCUAUUCUCCCCCAACUCUAAAAAUGAACUUUCAGCCAUUUUGAAUGGAAAGCUAAAUGAAUCCCAGAGGGCAUGGAGCACGGCGACUAUCGAAGAAGUUCUGUCACCGUAUGACAAACAGCAGCGGCAGUUGCUAUUAAUGGAAGAAUUCCAUGAUAUGGGCUCUGAUCAUACACUCCAGGACCUCAACGAUGUCCAAAUUAUUAUGCGGAGACUGCCGCCACCACCAUCCCCAACUUCUGAAGGGGAUCCCACCAAAAAGAUCUUUCAAAUUCAAAAUGAUGAAACUGAGAAAACACAGGAAACGGAGGGUUGUGUAAUCCCGAUUAAAGAAGUGGUGCCACUUUUGCAGGUGAGUCCAAACUCAAGUAUUGCAACGUCUCAGGUGGGUGUAGAACUUGCAGAGGUUGUUGUAGGAAAUAAAGAAGGGAAUGAAUCCUUAGCUGUUUAA